GAUGAAAAGGAAAAUAAAUAAAAAAGUUAGUACUAGUUAAUGGCGUGUGGGCCCAUUUCUUUUCCACACAACAAAUACGCACAGCAGGUUGAUCUUUUGCCACUAUUUAUGUACUAAGCGUUACUCACAGUCACACAAUAGCAGUUACAAAACACUAGCCAAUUCCCAAAUCACACUCUCUCUUCUUCCUCUAGCAUCUUUCAACAAACCACAAUGGCGAAAAAGAAAAAUAAGGGAAAUGGACAAAACAACAACAACAAUGGAGAAAAGGAAAAUGGAGAAAACAACAAUGGAGGAAAUAAGGAAGACAACAACAAUAACAAAAAUAACAGUGAUAACAACAACAACAUGGUCUUGAAAGUCUCCAUGCAUUGUGACGGCUGUGCUUCCAAAAUCAUCAAACACCUUCGCUCCAUCAAAGGUGUGGAAGCGGUGAAAGCAGAGAGCGAGACCGGAAAAGUAACCGUCGUCGGAAAAGUGGACCCUGUGAAAGUGAGGGAUAAUCUCGCGGAGAAGAUAAAGAAGAAAGUGGAACUCAUUUCUCCACAGCCCAAGAAGGAGAAAGAGAACAAGAAGGAAACGGAAACAAACAACAAAUCAGAUGAGAAAGCGAAAACCGACGACCAAAAAACCAAAGAGAAAGAGUCGGUUACCACUUCUGUGUUGAAAAUGUUACUACACUGUCAAGGAUGUAUUGAUAAAAUUGGCAAGAUUGUGUUGAAAACCAAGGGAGUGCUUGAAAUGGCAAUAGAUAAGGAGAAAGAUACUGUGACUGUGAAGGGUACAAUGGAUGUGAAGAAAUUGGUUGAGAAUUUGACAGAGAAGCUCAAGAGGAAAGUUGAGGUUGUUCCUCCUAAGAAAGAGAAGGAAGGUGGUGGUGGUGAGAAGGAAGGAGGUGGAGGAGGUGGAGGAGGGAAGAAAAAGAACAAGGGUGGUGGUGGUGGUGGUGGUGGUGAUGGAGGAGAAGGGGGAGAGAAUAAUAAUAAUAAUAAUAACAAUGAAGGGGGAGAAGUUAAGAAAAUGGAGUAUAUGGUUCAACCAGCAUUUGGUUAUGGUUUUGGUUAUGGGAAUGGAAACUAUGAGGGAUAUAAUGAACAAGUUUACCAAAAUCUGUUACAUAUUCAUAUGCAUACUCAACCACCCCAAAUGUUCAGUGAUGAGAAUCCUAAUGCUUGCAAUGUCAUGUGAUGUGAGUUAUCAUUAUGUCAGAACUGAAUUUCAUUCAAUUCAAUAGGAUGGUGAGAUGAAUGAUGAUAGUCUUUUGGUGAUUCCAUGAGGCAGGGAAAAAAGAGAGUAGUCAGUGAGUAACUAGAGUCUUUUUCAUUCUUUUCCUUUUAAAAAUGUUUUGUGCUAUGUAAGGAAAAGUUUUGUUGAAAUUAAAUUUAAAGAAUA